GCCCACUUUCACUUGUGCUUUCACUCGCUGCUCAACAGACUGACACAAGGAGGAGUGGAGAGAGGACUGUGAGGGAUGUGAAUGACUUUGUCCUGACUCCUGAGGAUCAUUUGGACUACAGAAUCUGGACUAUAUUGUGUUUGGGACCAAGCCAUGUCUGAGAGCAUAGUGAGGAAGGUCCAGCCCUUCACCAUAGGGACCAGGCUGUCUGUCCCAGCUGUGUCAAAGUGUCAGGACUUUGCACCAGAUUAUCUACAGAGCCCGAGUUUGGAUAACUGCACGCUGCAGCACAACUUGAACUCUCUUUACCUCAGCCGCUCCCCGGUGUGUGCAAAUGGACCCCGUUUGUCCCCGGUACAGCCUCAGUCUGCAGUGAGACAGGAGACGGACAUGGCAGCAGAGGACCAGCUCAACCAGAACAUCUGCUCAGCUGCUGCAGUUGCCCGCUCCAUCAAGAAGAUCACCAUCUCUGGAAACAAGGACCGACCUGAGAACAGGACAGUGAACAAGACCGCGUGUGUGUUUGUGCAAGGGACCACAGAAAACAACAAUAACAACAACAACAGCAGCUCCACUCCACAAACUUUACCCAGGAUAGUGGGAGUGAGCUGCGAGAAUAAACCAACAUCUCAAUUCAAGGUGCUGCUGAGAAAAGAAAGCUGCGAAGAACACGAAGAGCAGGCGUCGGCACAAACUCAGCCCCACGUGAGUGACGCGCGCGCGGAGCAGCCCGGGCCACAGCUGCAGAUUUCCUCACCUGAAACUGAGUCUUUGAGGAAAGACGUUGAUCCAGUGUCUCAGGCUGAAGACUCCCCAGGUGUUACACCCCAAACUGACUGUUUCACUCAACGCAACUCACUCUUCAACAGGGAAGCGCUGCAGGCAGAAGCAUGGAUAAAGGGGAAGCUCCAGGACCUGAAGGAUGGCCGUAAUAUUGAACACUUACACCUACAGGACGGGGAGGAGGCCUGUCAGACUCUGCAGAGGGACCUCAAAGACUUUGAAAACACCUUGAUUCAACUAAACCAGAUGGGGGAACAAUUGAUCUGCAAGAUGAACCCGACUUCAGACCUGGUGAAGAAACAGCUGAGCCAACUCCGGGACCAAUGGCAGACACUGAAGCAGACUGCAGCCAAUCAGACGAGGGCUUUGGGUGGGGCCAAGAACCUUCAAGAGUUCAACACUAAAGUGGAGAAACUGGAGGCGUGGAUCAAGGAGAAGGAAGAGCCCACGUCUCUGGUCAAUGUCCUUGGGGAGAGUGUGGACAAGAUGCAGCUGACCAGAAAGAUUUUAGAUCUGAAACAGGAUGAGCAGCUCUACAGGAAUCUCUAUGAGGAAAUUAACCACUUAGCCCUCAAACUGGAGAAGCAAGGCAAGACAGAUGGGAAAAACGUCGGCAACAGGAGGAAACACGUCAAUAAAAUGUACACAUGGUCCUUUGAGAUGAACUGGUGGCUCAAAGUACAAGCUCAUCUGAAGAACUAUCAUGAAAAUCUGCAGCUGGCUUUGGAGGUGUCAUCCUUCUACCAACAAGCUGAUAAUAUAUUACUGGCCAUUCACAACAUGAGAAAAGGUGCAUCUGGAUCUAAGGAGCUGGACAAACUCGGAGACCAGGAAAUCCGAGACAUUGCAGGUCAAAUCAUGAUGCUGGAUGUGAGUGUGUCCCAGCUCUCUAAUCUGCACCCUGCUCUAGCGACUGGCGUCAUUCAGAAACAAAGUGAAAUCAAAGAGUCAUGGGCACUUCUGCAGAAAACUCUCAGGACUGACAGGGCUGCACCACCACCCACCAGCCCCAGUCCCCCCAGAGAAGAGGUCGACCCUUCAACCAGGGAGCAGGGCACCGUGGGAACUGAGCUGCAAAGAACCAUGGGAAAAGAGGUGAAGGAGGAGCAGAAUCGGCUAAAAGGUUUUGUGGGCACUGCUGAUGCUGGCAUUGGUCAAACUCAGGAACAGGAUUCAGCAAGCCUUUCGUCACCCAUGGGAGAGGCAGCUGUCUGUUCCAAUGAUGUCAUAGCCAGACACCAGUUGAAGGCAGAAAGCAGGAAGCCCAAAACUGAGCCCAAGAAUGACAGCACCCAACCAGGCCACCCACCGCUCCACGCCCAGCUCCAGAAGUUCACCGUUUCUGCAGACAAGACUCUGGCCUGGCUCAAAGACAAUGUCUCCAUGGCGACCCAGAUCUGCGCCGUGGCCAGUCUAGAGGGCCUUGAAGCCGCACGUAGGUGUCAGCACGCUUUGGAGCAGGAGAUACUGAACAACAGAACAAGGAUUGAGGUGGUAAAAAAGGAGGGCCGUGGGCUGGUCCGAGCGCAGCACCCGGGCAGCUCCAGGAUCCAGGAGUUUUUGGGUCAGCUGGAGGUGCUGUGGGAGGAGCUGCGGAGGAGGCACCAGAGGAACGCGCUCUUUCUCCAGGCCUCCGAGGAGCUGGGCUUCAGGGUUGUUAAAGUGCUGCAGGCCCUGGGCAGCCUGGACGCCUGGCUGGAGUCUGUGGAGCUUUCCAUGAAGGAGUCCUCUUUGGCCGCUGACCCUGAAACUAUGAGCGUAGCUGAGCGACAGAGCUGCCUCCUGGAGAGAGAGGUGACGGCACGUGGCCAUGAACUGAAAGCGCUCAGACAGGAGGUGGAGCGGCUACAGUGCCACAGUCACCCCCUGACACGAGGGCUGCCCGCACGCAUGGACGCUGUGGAGAGAAAGUACCAGCAUGUUCAAAGUGCGCUGACCCAGCAGAGCUCAGAGCUGCAGGACACACGGAUGCUGACCGAGUUUCUGGAGCAGGUCGAGCUCGAGGAGAGCCAGGAAAGAAGGGGGGGUCAGUUCAGCCUAGGACAGCCACUGCACAGUGAAAUGUCCCCAGCACCUACUCUAAUGGACCUCCGGAGUAGCAGUGCCACAGAGCCUCUGAUGGAGCCCAUGGGUGACCCUGUAGAGGAGCUGAGAGAAGCUGUGGAGAUGCUCAAUGACACAGUGAGGGAAAGAGGGCGCACUCAAAACCUUGACCAAGCCAUAUGCGAGCUACUGAGCAAGCAUGCCAGUCUGGCUGUGCGGGUGGAGGAGAGCUUAUGCCGCAGUAAAGACCUGAGCCUGGACAUUUUGGAGAGAGAGACAGACAUGGCGGUCCAAUGCGAGCCGGAUCGCUGUGGUUUGGAUGCCCUGUGGGAGGAGCAGGACCACCUGGAGAUGAACUAUGAGGACAUCAGAGAAGAGGUGAAAGCGGUGGAGAGCCAGGCCAGGCGCUUGGAGGAGCUGUGCCCAGAGAGAGUUCACGUUUUUGGGGCAAAGAUCCAGGUGACACUGCAGGCCUGGACGGAGCUGGGGGCCAGUGUGACAGCGAACAAAUUACGUCUGCGAGAGUUUGUGCAGCUCCAAGACUUCUUCAGGAGCUAUCUACAGAUGAUCUCAUGGACUGAAGAUACAAGGUCCUGCAUUUUCUCAGAUACUGCUUUGCAUCACGGGAAAGAUGGACAGGGGCCAAUGGCUGCAGAGCUGGAUUCACAGAUUGAGCAAAAGUUUGUGGAGUUUGAGGAGCUGGCAGCAACAGGGAGGAACAUUUUAGACAAAGACCAUCACCUCAGUCAGAUGGUGAGGGAGCGCAUGGAGGAGCUGCGGAGCAUGCUGGGCUGGAUCUCAGUGCACUGGAGAGCCCAAAAACAGCAGUGGCUUCAGAAACAAGAGGCACAGGAGAAUGUUUACUCCAUCAUGUGCUCAUCAUUGGCAAAGCCUUCAGCACAAGAACAGCAGGCUGACCAAUCAGUGUAUUCUCCAGUGCUCUCCUCUGAUGAAGAAAGACAGCAAGACGCUAAAGAAACACAGAACUCCUCCGUUUCGUGUAAACCUUUAAAUAAGCAAACAGAGGACGGAUACGCAGUUAUGGCCAGCGUUCCUUUGCACAGUCCUGAUGUGAAGUCGCCAGAAUCUCCCAAGUCUUCAGUGUUUGUCCUCAAAGACAAAAGCAGCCCUGGCCUGGGGAACACUGUCAACCUCAUCCUCAGCUUUGGCAACACAGGAGACAGUCAGGUGCAGGUGCUGGAUGCUCCUGUCACUGCAGAGGAGGAGGAGGGGACUUCCGAACCUGUCCGCAGGGUAAGUACCUACUUGCAUGUCAAGGAGAACAGCUUGGCAUCUGGCCCUGUGUAUGAGAGCAUCACCCUGCCUCGUCUAAAGCACCACUCAGCCCCCUCGCCUCCUUCCUCCCCAUCCACACCAGCAAACACUUCCCAGAUGACCAACUACCACUUGUCCACCGGGGGGAGCACUUCUAUCUUCAGCAGUCUCAAGAGGAUUGGCAAGAAACGGAAACGCAAGAGAGAUAACACUAGAAGACAUUCAAUUCAGAAAAUCAUGGGAGUAGAGGAGCAAGAGGAAGAAAUUCCCAAAAGUGCUUCAGAGAAAGUAAAUUAUGAUACUCGGACUUGGCCACUAAAACAAGGCAGGAGGAAGAAGGCAAAAAGUCCGGAAAACGUAACUAAAGACUAUAUGAAAAAUCCCUUGUUGAAAGACAUUGAAAGUGAAUGUACAGGGGACUACAACAUCACGCCUUACGCUGUCUCAGAAGCACCAUCAUCUUCUGCAGAUAAUGUUAAAAGUCACUGCCGCUUUCUCUCACUGGGAUCCGUGUUAAGUUUUGAAUUGCCUAAAGAUAUGAAACUUAUUCCUAGUAUUCAAGAUAUCAUUACGAUUGCUCCACCAGACUCCAACAAAGCAACGGGAGAAGAUCCGGACCCACUUUCACAAAGACAAACUGCACUCAGCUCCUUCAAACAAACAAGAAAUGCUCUAGCUACAACAACUCCAGAAAAUGAAAAUGCUUUAAGUUGUCCCAUUGAAAAAGAUGAACCUACAUUGAAACAACAAUCUCACGGUUUGAAGACUGGCCAAUGUAGUAACCAAUUACAAGUUGAAUGCAGUGCUAAUACAGUUUUGAACAAAGAAAGUGACCAGAAAUCCAACAAAAUUAAGAAUCCCAUUUACGUCAACCAUCACCCCAUUAAAACUUGUAAUAAACAUGAGUGCUUGAGUGUCCAUACGCUUAUAAAGGACUUGAAUGGGCACAAGUAUCAUAAGUGUACAAGGCCCCAUAACGGACAGAGUCAUAACCAAGCCUCCCAUAUGGUGGUUAAUCUAAAGUCAACUGUAAAUGUAAACAUUCGGCAAGAUUCAGUGGACUCUGGUAUCUCAAGUUUAGGCAGCGUUAAGCUUACCUCAGAAAUACCCAGCGUUGAAAAUCCUCCACCCAAAGGGAUUGUGGGUAAAAUGAUGUCUUUGGAGGUAGGAUGCAUUCCCAGCAACAGCGAAUUAAAAACAAAUGCGUCUUCUACAAGUGAAUUCGAAUCAGACGCUGUCCAUGUGGACCACCAGCAGUUUGAAGAAGAAGAGGAGGAGCUGGAAGGAAUUUGGAGUCAAAAUUUAAGAAACAGUAUUUGCUCAGAUAUUAUGUACCAACCAAAUCAAGAUGAAACGCUCUCAGCUGAUCAGCCUGUUCAACCUUCUUCACCCCCUGCACCCAAAAGUCCAGCUGUUCUCUACAGAAAUUUAGUGACCGCCUCUGCUCCUAAUCUUCUUGUGGCAGAGUUCAAACUUCCACCUUCCGUCCAAAGUUUACUGGGGUAUGACAAGUGUCCCAAUCGGCACCUCUCUUCCCUGGCUGUGGGGGAGAGGAGGUCCUGGGCUGCGUUCCCAAAUCGAGACCCCCCUUCCUCCUCCUCUUCCUGCCCCUCCAAUGGGACGACUGUGGCAGUGAAUGAGACCUGCGUCCGAUCCAGUGAAGCUGCCAGAGAUAGAGGACAGCCAGAGGUACAUUUACCAGUACAGAGAAGAGGAAGAGGAUGAGAGAGAGGAUGAAGAGGAAGAGGAGCACACAAGCUGUUCCAAGGGUGAGGAGGUGAACUGUCAACAAACCUCUCCGACAUCUGAGCACAUGGAAACGCAGGAACACACGACAGCCACUGGAGGGCGUUGUAUUACUUUG